UCACGAUCGUAAACCAUAGUUUUGAGAGAUAAUCUAUAAUUCACAUUUGUCAAUCAUAGUUUAUCAUCAUAAACUAUAAUUCACAUUCGUUAACUAUAGUUUACAGACGUUAAAUAUAGUUAACAAUAGUUUUCAAUUUGAAUUCUCGAGGAACCAAUCAAGAGAAGUAAUACAAAAUGUGCGCCAUUGUAGAAAAUGGCUCUUCAAAGGGAAGCACGAGCAAAUUUGCCAUCCGUACAAAACUGCAUAGGAAGAAUUAAUUCUCUCUUGGAUAAUCUUAGAAGUCAAGCCACCAGCGAAUCAUUUGAUGCUAACACUGUGCGAUCAUCUUUAUCUGACCUACGACGUAACAUAGAGAGGCUGGAGUCGGCAGAAGUAGAUGUCAGUGAUUUAUUCGAAUGUCUAGAAAACUUAACUACAAAUUUCCCAGAUCCUGUUACCGACCCAGAUGUACAAGAUACCCAACCUUGUCUUUCUGAUGAUAACACAGUACAGAGAGAACCAAGUUCUACAGGAAGGGGAAGACAUCGCCUGCAAGUUGACAUGGACAAGUUGAAGGAGUUGAUUGACCUUGGAUUUUCAGUUACUGCAAUAGCAAAGAAUGGACUUUUAGGUGGAAAAAUACACCCUAACACCAUUUACAACCGUUUAAAGGAUGAAGAUAAAACUGUGAGGUCAAAAUACAGCAAUUUGAAUGAUGAUGAGCUAACUACAUUGAUCAGGACUUAUAACAGAGAUCAUCCAAAUGCAGGUUCAGAGGAAGUUUUAGCUGCCUUGAAAGUUCAGGGAGUUUUGAUUCCAAGAAAAAGGUGUCGUGAACUCUUGUCCAAUGUUGACCCAGUUGGAACUGCAACUCGUUGGUCCCGCACUAUACAGAGAAGGCAAUAUUGUGUGCCAUCUGCCAAUUUCCUAUGGCAUGUUGAUACACACCAUUCACUGAUCAGAUGGAACAUUGUGGUACAUGGUGGCAUUGAUGGAUAUAGUAGAAUGAUAACAUAUCUUAGAGCAUCCUCAUGCAAUACAUCAAAGGGAGCAGCUUGUUUCUUUCUAAAAGGGGUCAAUAGGUAUGGAAUCCCUAGUCGAGUGCGUGCAGAUUCUGGAAGAGAAUUUGUAGAUGUUGGACGUUUUAUGACAGCCAUAAAUGGAACAGAUAGGGGAAGUUUCAUCACAGGAAAGUCUGUUCACAAUCAGAGGAUUGAACGACUGUGGAGAGAUGUGUACAUGAAAGUUCUGGUGAUAUAUUAUCGACUCUUUCAUUACAUGGAAGAUAAGCAAGUUUUGGAUGUGAACAACCCAGUUCAUAGAUUUGCUCUUCAUUACACCUUCAUACCAAGGAUUGAUGCUGCACUUAAAGACUGGUCCAUAGUUCACAACAACCACAGGCUCAGAACAGAAAAUAACAAAACACCACAGAUGAUUUGGCUAGAGUCUUUGGCUUUUAAUGCAAACAGUAAUUCAACAGCCGUUAAAAAUACUCAGGAUGACCAGAUGGGCCGCCUUCCAGAGAGAUGUGAACACUUAAACAUAUCAAAUGAUGAAAAAUGUUAUUUGAAACCAAGGGAUGAGUGUCCAUUAUCUGAAACAGACAGGGAGAGAUUGGAUGAAGCAGUAAAUGUGAUGAAAGAUUCAGAAUCAUAUGGACUUGACAUUUUUGGGGAGGUGAUGGAUAUCCUUUCCAGUCAUAUCUGAACUUGUACUGAUUGAUAUUAAAUGCACCUUUGUACAAAUUUUACCUCUAUUCAGUUGUCCUCCAAAACAUGCAAUCAGCAUGCAAUAAAAACGUUUCAUUGAA